AGUGUGCCAGCAGACGUGGUGGGGUGAGGUUGCACGUCGCCUUUCUCUCGACGCCUUGACUCGGGAUCUUCCUGAACCUGUGACUCGUGUCGCCGUCUGCACCUCACACUCCUAUGAUAAUGAAAUCCGAUCUGGAAAUAGACAAGAUCAGACAUUAGAAGAGAGCGAUAGCAGUGUUGGCGGUGAGUGUUGGAGUGAGGACCGAGGCCACAGCCCAGGCACGCGGGCACGCAGUGAAGAUGGAGUGUUCGGCAAGACAGCCUCCGGUGGACGACAACAACAAUGCUCGCAGCAGGAGCCGCUGCGAAGGGGACGACGACGAGGACAACAGAAGCCACAGCGAAACCAGCAGCUGCUCCAGCACUCCGGGCAGUCAGACGGAAUCCCCUGGGGUCAAGUAUCAGCUGCGCCCCAGGUCAUACAAGUCACGUUACUUGUAUGAUCCCGACUGGAGUUUGCCCGAGCCCACGGGACCCAAGACGCGGCCGCCGCCGCUGUCCCGCUACCGCAGGAAGACGGCCAACGCACGUGAGCGGUACCGCAUGCGGCAGAUAAACACAGCCUUCGAGAGUCUGCGGGGCGUGCUGCCUUCGUGGGUGUGUCGCCGCCGCGCUGCCGCUGACAUGACUAAGAUCGCCACGCUGCGACUCGCCUCAGCCUACAUCAGGUCCCUGCAGGACAUGCUGGACGGCAACGCGCCGCAGGACACGUGUGCCUGGGUCCUCUCAGGCAUCCUGAAGGAGGACUCCAGACCCAAGGAGCCCCAGGCCUCUCUGUGCCACCCUAGCAGCGUGCCCACCAAGACCCCGCAGCAGGACCCAGUCCACACGCCCCAAGAUCCAGACCUGGUGACUCUUCUGUGCGGCGCCGCUGACUCGGGACUCUUCCAGGACAACCUCGAAUCGUUCCAGUACCUCACGCCUUCAAAUGACGCGGACACCUUUAACUUAAUCCUUGGCUGUGACACGCCGCGUCCGUGGCAGCAACAGCACCCACAACACGCGGCGCUGGCAACCUGAGGUCCAAUGACACUUCUCGUUCACGUUAUUUAGACGCAGAUUAUCAUAA